CACCAAAGGCUGUCCACCCUCACCCCCCUUGCCCAGCCGAGCCGCGUCCCCCCACACUUCUCCCCCACUACAUCCUAGAGAUACUGUCUUCUCUUACUGGUACCAUUGAUACAACGCCAUACCAUACCAGAGCAGAUUCUCAAGGAGAUGAAGGCUAACCUCUUCGUUCCCAUUACGAAAAAUUACAGCGGCGGCGUAACAAUCGGCUCCGGCGCCGUCAUCGGUGCCUGCUCCCUCGUGAAACGCGACAUCCCGCCCAUGAGCGUGGCAUACGGCACCCCUGCGCGCGUCGUCGCCCUGCUGAAAGACAUCAAGCCCACCCCGCCGGGCUCGGCGGUCGCUGCCGAGACGAUGGAGGACGCGGUCGGGCUGGGGAAUCGCUUGCCUUUGGUGCAGGUCUCUAACCCUACUACCACCACCACCACCACCAAAUCUAAGGUUGGGUUUCGGCAUGGGCAUGGGCAUGGUGGAUUGGGCUUUGGCUUAGGGCGUGGGCUUGAAGCAGGGGAGGAGGAACUUGAAGAGGAAGGGUUUAGGGACGGGGUGGUUGAUAGGGAGGAGGAGGAGGCGGAUACGCUAGAUUUGGUUUUGCCGUCGUUGAGGAGUCCGCUUAUAGGGUCGGUAAGGUCGGGGUCGAGCUCGACCGCUACUGGUGGUAGGGGCAAUAGCGCAGCGAGGAGGAUGGCGUUGGCGGAUCGGUUGCGGUUGGGAGAGGCGAGGGAGGUUAGGAGUCUGUUGCUCGAGGGGAGGAGGGAGCAGCGGAGGAUAAGGAGGUUUAAGGUGGAGGCUGUUGCUAUUAUAACAGUGUUAGUUACGCUGCUAAUGGCCGUUUUCUUUGCCGGAUUAUACUUAGGGGCGAGCAGGCUGCUAAUUCUAGGGAGUGAUUAAUUUACAUGCUUUGGCCGGUGCGGAUAUGGACGUGGGCUAUUGUCACAAAUGAACCAACGAGAGUCAACAACGGCGGCUUACUUGCAGAAGCCAGUGGGGAACGUAGGACGUUCCGAGCCAAUCACUUAGGACCAAUCGGAACGAGUACUAGAGGUGCUCCAGAGAGCUCUCAGGAGCAUGAGAGAGCA